AUGCUCAAAUUAUUUUAGAAUGCAUUCUCAAAAAAGAAGAAAUCCCAUACUUAAUCAUUUUAACUCGAAUCACAAGAUCCUCCUCCUAUUCACAAGGCCUCAACUUUAGGCUUCGAAGUAAUUGAUGAAAAAGCUAUAAAAUCAAUCGAAGAAUCAUAUAAUUAAAAACAAAGAAGAAGUCAAUCUUUUGAAACUAAAGAAUAACCUCCUCCUUAACAAGAAGAAUUUAUGGACUACGUAGUGUAAGAAGAUGAUUCCUUUUUCGGAAUUUCCCUCAAGUUUAGUGUUAAUGAAGGCUAUCUAUUAAGGAUCAAUAAUCUAUCUAGUGAUAUGAUUUUUUAAGGUCAGGUUUUAAAGGUUCCUAUAACAAAUCAACCUCGAUUCUCUAUCAUCAAAGCUACUGAGUAAAAUAAAAAUGUUGAAAAUAUAUGGGAAUUAGAUAAAUUUAGUUAGAAGUGUAAAUAUAUCAUGAUAUCGCUUAUUAGUUGAUGUUACAUAUUGCAAUAAUAAAUAUAAUUCUAAUGGGAUAUUGACUUUAAAUAGUGACAUAGUACUAUUUGAUCCAUACUAAUAAGAGCAAACACAAGAUAAAUAAAAUAAAGUUCGAAUGAAUGCUUGCAUUUCGAUGAUUGAUAUCAAUGAAGCAGUGACAUAUGUUUUAUAGAAUCAAAAUGGAUGUUAAGAUUACGUUGUCUAAAUUCUAUUAUCAGGAAUUGGCAAACCUAAAUUCGAAAAGAAGUAUUUUAAACAAUUAAGGAAAUAUAAGAAAUAGAAAAGGAGUAUAGCCACUGUAUUCUUUAGAGUAAUAUAUAUAUACAUAUUAAUUUCAAGCAUGCUGAAAGAGAUUUAGAUGGAAAAUUGUACUCUGAAGAAAUCAAAAAGAGUAAUUGUGCCUUUAUUGUAAAAUUCAUUAAUGAAGCUUGCACUGGUUAUACUGAACAAUCUAAAUUAACGAAAAUACCUUAUUUAGAUAUAAUAGAGGAAAUUAAAGAGAAAAAAUAGAUAGAAAUAGACGAAAUCCAAGAUGUGAUUGGAGAGAGAAUGGGAAGUAUAAAAUUCAUUAAAAUUUAAUAGAACUUUGGGCUUCAUUAGAAUAUGUGCCAAUGUUAAAAGAGCCUUCUGAUUGUUUCACUAAUACUACUUAUAAACAAAUCAUUGAAUAAAUUCCAGCUGUAUAUCGUUUAGCUAAUUGGAUUAAAUAUUACAAUAUUAAUUAAGAUGGAUCAAGCUUUUAGAAUCUGCUUUAUGAAAUCAAAGAUAAAGCUCCGAUAAUUUUAAUAAUCAAAGAUUUUGAGAAUUUUGUGUUUGGAGCAUAUAUUUCAACAGAGUUACGUUAAUAUAGUCAAGGAUUCCUAGGGAAUGGAGAAACCUUCUUAUUUAAUUAUGUGUUAGAGGUAUGGUAUAUUUGUGAUUGAAUUAGAAAAAUGAAAUCAAGAGUUAUUUUUGGACUGAAAAAAACAGAGACUUCAUUUAUUGCGAUGAAACAGGUAUUGGGAUUGGUUGCGGAGAUAAAUUUGGGUUAUUUAUCGAUCACAGCCUAACAUUUGGGUAUUCGAACCCAUGUGACACUUUUGAUAAUAAUAGGUUUAGUAAUUCUGAAAAGUUUAGAAUUAUGCAUCUUGAGGUUUGGGCCAUUUUAUAAUAAUGA